AUAGAUAUAUGGGGCUUAUUUUUACUACAUGCUGCUUUUUUUGUAAAAGAUCCUAGCAAUAUUUUUCUUAAUAUGGUAGUAUAUUUUUUUUUUUAUAAUACUUCCACUUUAGGUCCUGUUUUCUACUGAUCUUUGCAGCACGAGGCAAGGAAAUUCUUGUAAAUAAGAUGUUUCAGUCUAAAUUUGAGAAUCCUAGCCAAGAGACUGUUCCUUUUCCUAAGAAUAACUGGAUUCCUACUGUACAAGCAUGGAAGUGGUCUUGCAUUAUCGACCACAUCAGAGAGAUCUAAUAAAACUGCAGAAAUUUGCAGAAGCAGCAGUGAAGGAGUUUCCCAUUCGCCAGUUACCAAGAUUUACACCCUGGUUUCCAAAUGAUUUAUACAGACUUCCCCUCAAACCAAAAAAGAGUCCACCUGUUAUUUCUUGUGAGGAAGCAGAAGAAUUGAAACAACGUUUUACACCUUCAGAGUAUGUCACAGGAUCUCCUGAUUAUGACUGCACAAAAAAUCUCCUUGAGUUUCAGACUGACAUGAAACUUGGGCAGACUUUAAUCCAAGCACAAACUAUUCACAGACCAAUUAAGUUGGAGAAUCCAGGACAACCACCACCUAAUGGACAACAAAAAUUGAAAAGGUCUUGGAGUGUCUCUCUCCCUAGCCCUCAGCUUAAAGAAAAGAUUCUUCCUUUAUCUCAAGAACUGCAAAGUAAUUUGGAAAGACUAAAACUGCAUGCAUUUUAUAGAGCAAAGUGGACAAUUGAACAGUCUAUUUGUAAUAAUCAAAAUUUGGAGGACAUCUGGAUAAAAUUGAAUAGACUCAUCAAGCAGAACGAAUUGCCAUCUUGCAAUGCUACUAUCCAAAGAUCUGUGGGACAGAUAUGGAUUUUCUGUGAUAUACUAUACUGUGAAUAUGUUAGAAAUAUUCUUAGGGAAAAGCUUAGCCUUACUGAUAAAAUGAAUUUGCUUGUACAUAAAUUUGGAAUUAUAUUUAGUUUAUAAUCAUAAGGUAGAGUUUCCUAAUAAAAUUGCUGUCUGAAGUACUAGAGUUUUUAAGCAGCAUAGAAUAUACAAACUUUAGGACACUGAUGAAUUAAUGAGCAGAAAACCACUUAAUAUUGCUACAGGUUUUUUUAACCGUAAUAAUAUAUUUAUUAACUUUGUUUUGCCAGGAGAUUUAUCAAUGGUUUCUGUUAAGAUUACUAAGUUUCUGUUUGGCUUAGAAUUGCAUUUUGUAGCUUUUCUCUACCUCAGUGGUUUAAAGGAGAAAAAUCAAACUAAAAAUUCCAGACUAUUAUAGCAAGUUUUGUCAGAUAAUAAAAUUUAUGCUUUCACUCAAACAACAUACAUCUUCACUGUGCUUCUUUGAAAUGAGGAGAAGGAAAAGUAUUUUAAAGUGAGUUGUUAUAAAGGGUCUGUGAUUAUUAUUGACACCAAGGCUUUCAAGAUCUGAUUUUAUUUCCUGAAAGUAGAGUCAGGGAGGAGGUUUGAAUUGAAGGCAUAGUACUCCGCAUGAAAUACAAACUUACUGUCUAUUGCAUGUGUAUGCUGUCUUGGUAACAUUACCUGUAUUUUCUCAGAAAAACUAAUUAAAGCUUCAGUGGAAGCUGAAGAAUAAUGAACAACUUAUCAUUUGCUGUUUUAUGACUUUGUUAGUAAGAUUUUUUUCCUGAUGUUACUGGUGGUUUAUCUCUAAUUAUAUUUGAGAACAAGAAAGCGCUGAUUGCCAGCUACAGGUCAGGAAAUUAAGAAAACAGACUUCUAUCUGUAAACCUCUAUUUGUUGUCUGUAUGGAAGGUAAAGGUCUCUGAGGAUUUGAAUGUGUUUUACUGUGAUAAAAGGCUGGGAUCAGCAUGACCUUUUGUCAGCUGAGAAAAUAGAAUGUUUCAAGGUCAUGCUGUCCCUGCUCAAUUCAGUGUUUGAAGGGUCGGCAGAACAGUUGAACUGGAAUCGAUAUGACUGCAAGGGUGUGAAUUUCUCUGAGGCACCCCUUACUAUCUCCAGAUAAAUUUGCUGUAGCUGGAGGUCAAGGGCUGUGGCAUCUGGAAAAGGGGGAAAAUAGGUGAAUGGUAUUUGUAGAUUGUGAGAUUAUCAUUAGCACUGAUCAUAAAUAAAAGUGUACAUAAGCAUAAUGGAGAUCCCCCUGUGUAAAAACAAAAUAGAAUCCCCUUGGGCUUUUACUUAUAUUUUUAUUUUACAUGUUGGAAUAAUGACAUUUUAUUAUAGGCAUUACAUAUAUUUUUGUAGUUUAAAAUUAAGAAUAUUGCUCAGUUUGGAUCAUUGACGUGAAUUUUCUAAACUUUAGAUAAAUGUUAAGGGGGAUUUAUAUUGACAUUUAGGGUGUUUCUGAAAUGUAAUAUUACCACUAUGCAAAACUGAUGUAAAAUGCUGUGUAGAGUAACUGAGCAUCAUUAUUGGUUUUAAAGUUUAUAUAGCCAAGUUAUUUCACUGAAAUUGUUUUUCUGAACUUACACAAAUUAGUAACAAAAGUUUCUUUGUGCAUCAGCAUUUUUAAAGAUGUAGAGAAGUAGAAUGCAUUGUGAUUUUGGUUUUCUUUAAUGUUGUAUUCUGUGUCUAGGAUCUAAGAAGAAAGCAGAUGAGAAGUUGUCCUGCAAAGAUACAAUAUUUUCUAAUAUUAAUUUAGUAAUCCUAUUAAAUAUGAUAAUUUUCAUUUUUAAGCUAUUUAUGUUUUGACUUCAUUCCAUGAUCUAUAUUUAUGGUUCUAAACAUGACUACACUUGAUCUGUAACUGUUCUUUUAGAAACAGUGAGCAAGUACUAGUUUAUAUGGUCUUACUGUAGACUUGAAAAAAAUUAGGUAACCGUCAAUAAUACAGUCCCACCAUAUUUAUUUAAUAUAUCAACAAAAGAGCUAAACAAACAUUUGAUAAACAGAGAGAUUGAUGUUCGCUGUUCAGUGGUAGCUGUCAGCUUUCUGCUGCUUUGGGUUGCUUGUAUGUAAAUAAUGAUCCCCACACUGCUAGCUGUUAGCACUCUAGCUGGAUAACUGUCAUGUAAUAAAAACUAAACACAACAUUUGGUUUCUCUGUGGAAUUAUUACGGUCUUGGUUAACACCAGUGUACAAACUGAAACCCAGAAUUUCAUUUUGAACUGUUCCAGAAAUGCUUAGUUCAUAUGCAUGUAUAAAUCAGUAUUUAUAUUUUUCAUUUUCAGUGUUGAAUCUGGUUCUUCAUGUAUUGUGUUUUGUAUAUUCGGUGACUUUUUAUUUACCUCGUGGUUCUAAGCCUUCAGAGGUCAUAUUUUUCAACUUUUCACCAUAACAAAGAGAAUGUGUCACCUUUUUUACCUGAAAACAGAUUUAUUUAUGUCAAUGCUAGCUUGCAUAGGUCUGCUCUAUAGUAGUUUAAGUUCUUGUGAACCAAUACAGCUCACUACACCGGAAUUUAUAUUGAAAUUACUUAAUAUUUUACAUGACUGGAAAUAGUAAAUAUUGACCAGACAUAUAAAAUGUACAAAAGAUGUAAAGAAAA